GCCAGUUAAGCAUCAGUACAUAUUUUCUGCCAGUAUAAAAGAUUUGUACAUAACUAAAUAAGGAAGCAAUGGAAAUGUGAAGCCACCGUGUAGGAUUCAGACGAAAGAUAAACCCUCUUUUUUUUUUAAACUGUUUUUCACAAAGUACUUGUGGCACCAGAAUCCUAAAACUAUGUUUUGUGUAUUGAUCACCAAUCCUGCACUCUUUUUGUUGAUUCCUGCCAUGAGAAUAGCCUUUGUUUUAGCUUGCGUAAGCCACAAUAGUGAAUCAGUUCAACUGGAAGGAAAUUUCCACAUGUUUUCGUUUGGUAGAAGAGCAGCGCACCAAACCCCGCCAUGGCAAUGACAUCAAGGGAGGGCAAGCUCAGACUGGUAAAGCCUCAUGUGGGACAACAGAAAGCCGUGAAGCACUUCAUUAAAACACUAGUUAGUGUAGCUGUUAAGGGCCCUCCUCACAGCUGACCUCAGGCUGAACCUGGGGUGCACCAUAUAAUUUUUGCACUUGAUGGGUUCAUGAUGGCACAUAAAUAUUUGCCAUAAAUAGUUAAAAAUAGUUGUAGUCAGAGUUCACUCACCAAAAAGCAUCUAUGAAUCUGAUCAAUCAUCUCGGAUAAAUCAGUAAGAUUAUGUGAAUCCCCAAACAUAACUGAUGUAUCUUUAGAGGAUUCAUUUGUGCAUUUCUCAAAGUUCUGUCCACUGACAUAUUAGGAAAGGCUCUCGUAGCAGAUUAUGAGCAAGAGGGGUCACACCCACAGGAAUGUCGAGUACAUGCGUUGGCAGAUAAACAUGUUGCUGUGGGCUACUGGGAUUUGGUAAACGCUGUUCCUUGGUUUACGGAAACUGGCAGCAUUCAUAAGGGUGCAGGCUGCUACUCGUGCCUUUGUGAAACUUUCCAUUCAGUCCAAGGAGGGCAAGGGAUGGCUGAGACGAGAGGACUGGCUCCUCCCAAAGAAACAGAGCAGUGAUGAUUCGUAACAUGAUGUUCUUUUUGCGGAAAAUUACUAAACUGCGGAAGUCUUUCAAUGGGGCUGUCUCUCACGAGUAGUGAAGAGUGAACUCCUGACUUGCUGGGCCUUUUGCCAACACCUACAAAAAAAACCUGUACAAUAUCAUUAUCUUUAUUGAAGCAACCUGGCAGGACAAUACGUCUCCAACGUAUCAGGUGCAGGUGAACACACUCCCCCCCUCUCCUUCCAUGCCUUUGACCUAAUUCAGCACUGAACUUUCGCUCGGGAGGCUUGGCUAGCACUAGAAUGAUCACAGCUCUGCAGUUUGUCAUUUUCUUAGCCGGGAUGGAUUGGCUUUACUCAAGCCCAUUACAAGCUCAGUUAGGUGGAUGGUGUCUUACCCUAAGUUCACACUAACAAGUGAUAAGUUGCUUGUGUUACUUGUAGUUCCAGUGCAGUCUCCAGUAAUAGUUUUAAUUCUGAUGAGAGAUGCUAGUAGCCAAACAUAGAGCCUACAGCACACUCUAGGAUUUAUACACAUCUCAUUGGUUUAAAAUAUAUUUAAAUUUGAUUGACAUGUUACAUACUAUGCUUCUACCCUCUUCUAUGGCAGACUGCGUUAGCUAUGUAGGCUAUGUAUGUCGUAGGAUUGGUCUGAGGAAUCAUUUGAACCAGUUGUUUGGAUUGGUAGUUUUGCAGUGUCAUACCUAACUUUUCAAAAUUUAAAUUCAAAUGCCACUCUGUGCACUGUCACUUUGCCACGUACGUACCUAAGAAAUGAAUGCUGCUUUGGCACUUGCCAGAAUUAGCUGGUAUGGACUGGUUUGCUCAAGUCUCAUUCAGAAGUACAACAUAUUAAAGAGAUAAUAUAUGUAUAAAUGUAUAUAUCAUUAUAGCUUAUAUGUGAUUUCAAUGCCUAUCAUGUCCAGAACGUGUGUUUUCUAUGGCACAAAUCUGUGAAUUUUCUUCUCCUACUCUGUUCUUCUAUGGCCUUCUGCAAAGUGCAGAUUCAUGAUGACACUGUAUUCUGAUUUUGUCUGAAGUUGCAUCAUGGAUCAAGAAAAGGAGCCGUUAAACCAGUAACAUGCCAUGUACCAGUAGGGACUUGUAAAUUGUGUGGAGGUGAGGAUCAGAAUAGGUGUUUCCAUUCAUGAAGCAUUCCAAAUAUGUAGCAUUGAUGUAGCAUAUUGUGUAAAUAGACAAAAUACAAUGCUACAAGGAAAUAAAGUGCAAAACAGGGAGAUUGCGCAACACAAUUAUAACAAUAUGGCUAUUAGUCAUCUAUGGCAGAUUAAUAGUUCUCUUAUUAUGCAUGUAAGGGCUGGCUUUUUAAAUACUUAAUGUUAAACCUUCUAGUCAGGCUCUGGUUUCAGUUUUUGUAGGCAAAUGAUUGUUUUUUUUUUAUAAUUAUCAUUAGUGUAUGUAUCCUGAGCUUGGUCUCUCCUUUGCUAGUUUUUUUCCCCCUUAUCUAAAUCUUGAAUUCUGCAGUCAUUUCUUUAUUCAUCUGUUCCAUUAGUCUUCCUAUGUAUUCUCUAAGCACUCCUUGUGCUUUUCCAGUAGCUCCCUGAUGCAGAGAGGCUAUGCGUGACCCUAUUUCCAGCCUCACUAUGUGUUUGAAAAAGAUGGAGCAGCCUCAUUGGGUCACAUUAGCAUUUUUACUGCAUACAUUUGAAUAUUUGGCUUUUGCAUAUGAUCACACAAACUACAUUACAUUCAGCCUGAUCAGACUCUGUGUUUGUAUUGCCAGAGUCUGAAUCUCGCUUUUAAUAAUAAAAAUCUGGCGAGUGUGUAGUGCUUUUGCUUUAAGGCAUUUCUAAAAUCUUGGUCAUGCAGACCUUAUCUUGGGGAUGUUGUAGGUUUAAGGGAUGAGUCUCCUCAGGCAUACACCCUUAUGAGAAAGACAAACAUUGGUGCAGGUUUCAGAGGGAUCCAACCUGGCUGUGAUUGCUUAUUGAUUUCUCUGGACAUACUUCUUCUGAGGUUAUUUUGCAGAAGAAAAAAAAAAAAAACAUUUACACCCUGAUAUACUUCCUUGACAGUUUUCUGAAUAUUUAUUUUUGGUUUUCAGUGGAUUUGAAAAAAAAAAAAAGAAUGUUUGAGACUUUUGUACCUCUUGCACUAUACUAACAGCUAUUAAAAAGUAUAAUAGUAACAUCCUCUGUCAUGUGACUUAACAAAGAAUGAAUAAUGUUAAACACUUUAAUGGGAAAUGGAAGUCACAAUGAUAUAAAUGCCCUUUAAAUCUGCCAGCAUGGCGGGAUACGAGAGGCCAGUCACAUGCUGUUGAAACUCUUGCCAAGUAGUGUUAUAGUUUAAAUCCCACCUACUUGGAACUAGGACACAGAGUUGUUCUUUCAUGUGGAGAACGUGGCUUUGUUUUGGAGGUACCACCAAAGAACUAUUGAUUUAGAGAUGGACCAUAGAGUGGAGAAAGACUCUCUGGGACGUCUCUUGCUAAAGACUCAUUAAGAUGGAAGAAGCACAGUAGAGUGUUUGUGUCUUGCCAGGAGCUCAAGGUUGGCACAAAGGCCAAAUAAAGGCCGUAUUGUUGAGACCUGCAGAAUACAUUUUGGAGAAUGUUCUGUAGUGUGUCUCUGCAGAAUAGCUCAUCUCUCAGACAUUAACUGGUAACAGCGAUGACAGUUUCCUGCUUUUAUUCACCAAAACUCAAGGAAAUGGAUUCCAGACACAAAGGUUUUGUUCAGUGGAGUGAAAACAAUUGCCUGAUCUUUAUAACUGAAGGUCCUUACAGUGUGUCCUGCACACAUAGUUAGAUAGACAGGAAAUGGCUAUGAGAGGAAAUAUGAGGGUGAAUUGAAUGACUAAGCCAUCCUGUUCUCCAAUAGCUUGUUACAUGCAUAAAUGGAGCCCUCAUCUCCUGGCAAACACCCACUAAUUCACACUGACAGGAGCCCUAUAGGUGUAAAUUUCCACUCUAUUCCCAAAACACACCCCUGGCUGCUCUUAUGGCAACAUGCAUUUUAUAUAUAUAUAUAUAGCCUUUAGUCACAUUGCCCCUAAGCUCUGAAAUUCACUUCCCCAUUACAUCCGCAAUUGUGAAUCCAUUUCAAGAUUCAAAAGUUCUUUAAAAACUCAUCUUUUCAGGCGUGCAUAUGCUCUGUGAUAUGGUUACAUAAUACUUAAUUAAUAUCUGUGUUUUAGUGUUUUAUGUAUAAUAUUGUGUAAUGUGUGUAUAUAUAUACAUGUGUAUAAUUGUGUGUAUAUAUAAUAUUGUGUUUUAGUGUUUUGUGAAUUGUAUUUGCAUGUUGUAUUUGUGAAGUGACCUUGGGGGUCGUGAACAGGCGCUUUUUAGAAGUAAAAUGUGUUAUUAUUAUUAUUAUUAUUAUAUAUGUUAUGUUUGUCAAACACACAGUCACUUUCUCCAUAUAUUCAUGAAUAAGUUGUUAACUAACUAUAAUUUACUUGAAUUCAGCAUUUGUGGAAUGCAAGUCACUGACCAUGAACGAUGCCCGAGGCAGCCAUUAGUGGAAUGGCUUGGCUGUUGGUGCCAGAGGAGUUACUUUACCCCCUGCAGACUUUCCUCUCUACUAUGAACAAGAGCUGCCUGGAAUAGGAGUUAUGUCCAGACGACAGCCAGUGACACAGAGACCUCCGACUGGGUUUGCUAAUCUGCUGAUGACUGGGGUGAGAAGGGACAGAGAUGGAUUACCUGCCAUCCCCUUUCCACUCUCAUGUGCCUGGCACAAAGUCCCAAAGGACUUUCACAACUUUGUGCAACUGCCCUUAUCUCUGAACUAGUACAUAGUAAAAAAAAAAAAAAAAAGACCAACAUAGUUGCACAUUGCCCAAGAACACACGCUAAAGCCUUUUAAAGGAAAGACGAUUGCAGGGAAAUAUUGCAGUGUGACUUUCCAGGCGUCUGGGUCACUUGGUUUGUGAUGUUCUCAUAUACUGGUCACUUGAUUGGCUUAGCACGUGGCACACUCCCUCUGCAGAUUGAGUCUCUUGUGAAAAAGACACCAGCAGUAUGCAUAGACCCAUCAGGUGACUCUGAAGGUGGUGGAGAGAUGCAAGGUCACUUAUGUGAUGGAGUGGUCACGCUUUACAGUCAUGUUUUAUUUACUGCGGCCAGCAAACCACCUUUGGCUGGAGGCAGCUGGAUCCACUUUUAACCUGACUGCCUGAGAUUUACUGCAGAACAACUGGAAGUGAAGCAGUUUUUAUUUGCGUAUUUGGUUACAAGGAGAGGAGAUGGAUGGAGACCAAAACCAGAACCAAGCAUUAUCCAUUUGCCUCAGGGUCAGUUUUAGUGAAGGUCAGGAAUAUUAUUUGUCCAGUCAAUUUCUAAUAUGGGUAUAACGCAACGCCACUAUCUGUAUCCAUAUAGCUGUAGCUGUAUUCAGAUUUACGCUCGAAGUAGCCAUGGCCUAAACCAGAAUAAUUUAUAAAUGUAUUUAUUUUAAACGAACUCUACCACAAUGCCCCUGGAAACCCUGGAAAACAUUGGGGGAGAGGGCAGGGGGAAGACCACCUCAAAAGUAGAAAUGGCAGCACUGUGUGAAUUCUCGCUCUGACAGUUCCUCAACCUCAGCUCGAGUUUUAUAAUUGAUCUCAACUAGAGAUGUGCGUGGGACUGUUUUUUCUAUCCCUCAGUUGUUAUUUUUUCUUUUACCUGCCUGUGAUAUUUUCUAACGAAUUUAGCUGGUUCAAUUUCCCGAGGUUCUUAUGUACUUAUGAAUACUUAUGUCAUUGUCAUUAUGGGGUAUUGUUUGUAGAAUUUUGAGGAAAAUAAUGAAUUGUAUCCAUUUUGGAAUAAGGCUGUAACAUAACAAAAUGUGGAAAAAGUGAAGCGCUGGGAAUACUUUCCGGAUGCACUGUAUUUGGUCUCCUGAUGUGACGACAUAACCUGGCGUGAUUGAAUUUGGACACGGCAGAUAUCAGGAGGACAGAUCCGGAUUGUAUUUUGCGGGAAACUCAAAGGAACACGCCCCUUUGAUCUGACAGCUGUGAAGUUCAAAGUAGCCCUGCUUGUUCAGAGGAGCACAUGUGCUUGUCUUGAUCUAUUUCAGUUGUAUCAGAUAGGUACCAGCUGCAAUGAUGCGAUACACUGCUUAUCGUUCAUGUUAUCUUUUAUUAGACUGACAAUAUUUAUUAAAGUGUACAAUUUCCUCCAUAUUCUUAAGUAGAAAAAGCUUGUCCUAGUUCUCUUAUUGUUUCCAUUCAACCCAGUCCAGCAUUUAUUCCAAAUAUGGCUUUGGUUGUGUGUGAAGCGAGCAGUCACGUGCAGCACGACUGCACAGAUCUGUGCCGUGGUUCUCAUAGUUGCUGCUGCUUCAGUGGAUUAUUCUGCUGUGUAAACAAGUAUGUUCUUCUCAUCAGUUCUGUAAAUGUUUUUUUUUUUUUUUAGUUUUACACUCUACCAUAGAUGGACAAAUCCUUCUUUAGCUCCCUAGCUUCCAUUUUCUAUCUGGCAGAACGAUCAUAUUAUAAUAUCAUGAUAAAAUCUCAAAUUAAGGUUUGUACUCUUGCAACUUGCACUCUCUUCCUUCCUUUAGUAAAGUUCUUGGAGUUAGUGCUGCAGGUUCUGCCUACGGAGUGGAUAUUGACACAACGGAGGCCAAGUUAGGUAAACAGUAGCGUAAUUCCUAAUGGGCUUAUGUCCUAAGCUAUGGUUAUCUCCUCACAUUUGGUUAAUCUUCCUUUAAACCUGCCAUUUUGACCGCCUCCUCCUGCCCUUUCAGUGACUUGAGACAGUAAAACUUAAAGUUAGAAAACUCUCAUUUGAACAUCCCAUGCCUAAAUCCUUAUUUUUUGCAUAACUAUUUGUUUCAGUGAAAUAAAAUUUCUAAUAUAAAAGUUUGCGAUGGCAACUCUUUAAAAGUACAUUUUUCUGCUGAUGUUGCUGCAUGUCCUUGAGCCAGCUGAGUCAGAUGGUUUGUUCUGUUCACCCCCUCAGGCAUGUGUGGUGUUCUAUGCACAUCACUCUACAUCUUCGUAAUGAAAAGAGCCCAAAUGUCAUCCACUUUGCAGAGAAAAUGAGCGAAUGCAGCCUUGAUGGCUGUCUGAAGCUGGCAGAUUGUCUCUCUGCUUCCCUGCUCCUCCCUUAUCGGUCAUCCCAGACACCACAGGCGGAAAACGUCGUAGCCUGGGAUUGGAAUCUCACGCUUUAUGGGGAGGAGGAGGUGUGCUCAGACCGCCUGGACACUGAUUUCCCCGACUUCGACCUCUCUCAGCUGGACAGCGACUUUGACUCCGUGAACUGCCUCAGCGAGCUACACUGGUGCAAUGACCACUCAGACAGCUCCCCCGCCUCCAUACAGUACAGCUCAGGGGACACUGAGCUCUUCGAGACGGAAGAGGAGAAUGCGGCGCUGCUCGCCGCUCUCACAGACAGCCUGGAUGGCAUUGUGGAGGACGGGGUGGGGGGGCUGUCCGUGUUCCCCUCGCUGGGUGAAGACCCUGAGGAGGAGGAGGACGAGGAAGACGAACUCUUUUUGGAAAGUGAGCCUGUCCAAGGCUCGCUGAGCCCAGAGACAGAAGACCCGUCUCUACUGAAAAAGCUCCUGCUGUCCCCCCCAAAUGUGCCUGUGGGUCUGGACUCAAACAGGUUGAGCAGCGCGCUCAGUAAGACUCAGCAACUCAAGUCUGCCCGUCCUUUUCUGAAGAGGGACAGAGCAUACACAGUGGAGAGGAAACCGCGAGCGUUCAGGCCUGUUGGCCAUCUCUGCACUGAGCUGCAACGCCACCUCACCCAGGAGGCCAACACCGAGGACACACAUGCAGCUGAUACCGAGGAGGAGGAGGAAGAAGAGGAAGAUGAGGACAGUGACUCGGAGGAUGAGGAGGGGGAGGAUGAAGGGGAAGAGGAGUCUUCAUCCAGCAGCGAGGUGGAGAGUACCAUGUGCGCCGAGCCGCUCGAACCUCAGUUCCCCUCGGAGAAGGAGCGUCACUCUGUGGUGGAGCUGAUCCGCUACAUGCACACGUACUGUGUACCAUCACGCAAGCAGGCCAGCUGGGACCGCAAAGAGCGUGAAAACGUGACGCGCAAGACCAAGCCUGAAAACCCUGCAAUUCCUCGUAAUGCCACCUCUAGCUGUUCUAAACCUGCCACCCACCCCGCGACCCUCUCCAACAGCAGCACCAGUAGAGGAACUAAACCCAAGAUUCCUUUUGUACGCCGUCGAGAAACUAAAGCGCACUCUUUGCUUAAGGAGCUGCUGGAGGCUGUCGCUUCCUUUGAUGUGAGCAAGCCUUACAGACUGCACAGCCCCCCAUAUAGCCACAGCAGGACCACCGCAGCACGGCCCAAAGCUGAGCACAAAGACACGAGCGUCAUCGAAGGCUCUCAGGUGGCUGCCAAGCGGUCUAAAUGGCCCGAAAUAGAUGAGGGCUCGUUUUCGGUGCGCCGCUCCCGCCGCUUAGCCUCCUUCCCGAGCCGAUUUGCAAAAAGAGCACGUUCGAGUGGACACUCCAGUGAGGAGGAGAGCUCAGUCCACCACCCUGCCAUGGAUUCCCCUGCUGAAGACAGCAUUGAGAAAGCAGACUCCCUAAAGAGCCCUGAAACCCCAAACCUCUGCUGUAAUGACGAGAAGCGUGCCUGCCUCUGCCUGCCGCUGACUCCUAAAUCCACAGGAGAUCCAAGCAGGCCCUUUGAGCAGAAUCUCUGUGUGGAACUGUGCGGCACUGCAGGACUCACCCCACCCACAACACCACCCCAUAAACCUGUUGAAGAGGAGCUCUUCAAGCCCGAGGUCAAGGCCGAACUCCCCAGCAAGGGCAUGUGUCCAGUGCGGACACACCUGCGGAAGCUUCCGGAGCAGACGGAGCUGUAUGCCCAGCUGCGGCGCAUGGGCCCGACGGGCGAGAUCCAGAGCAAGGGUGCCUACAGAGACCAUGACUACUGCAUGCUAAACUUAGGGGAGAGCCACAAAAGGAUUGCUGCCAUCCUCCCAGUGCCUGUCUGCUACACCAAGGUCCAGGAGGAAGAGGAGGACCAGAUGGGGGAGAAAAACAGGCAGGAGGAGACCGAGGCCCAGCAGGCUGAUUUGCCCCCAGACUUCUCCCCACACCAACCUGCAGAGACAGGACAGCCCUCUCCUGCCUCCUCACCCACUCCCGAGGCUGAUGCUGAGUGCCCAGACUCAUGCCGGCCACCUUCACCCUGCCAUCAGAUCAACCUCAGUUGCGAGAGCCACUGUGACAAGCAGAGCAAUAUCACUACACAUGGACAAGAGGAAGAUGGGGACAAGUGCCAAGUAUUGUACAUUCACAAUCUGCCGAUCAGCGUCACACAGGCUGUCCUGCGCAAACGCUUCAAGGCCUUUGGCGAACCAGAGGACUGCCGGGUGCUCGUCAAAAAAGAGGAGCGCUGUGGAGUCAUCACUUUUAGGCAGAAUCAGAAUGAGCCGAGUCUGAAGCACAGGCGACAUGACUCUGUGGGGCAGUAUGCUGGAAAUGGCAGUCGGAGGUUCAGCAGGAAGCGGUACAUAGAUCUGGAUGAGGCAGGACCAGGCCCAGUGAAGAGCAAGUAUGACGCUCUGGACUUUGACACUUUGCUUAAGGAGGCCCAGAGGAGUCUACACCGCUGAUACGCCUUACUGACAGCUCAGUGAUCCUCAUUCCUGAGCCACCUCACAACCUCAGCCCAGACUCCUCCUCAUGUUUACAUUUUCGAACAUUGAAAUCGGGGAAACAAAAUUGGACCUUCUUAUUGAGGCCGGAGUGCUGCUGAGGCAUGAGGACGAAACCGAGAAAUGAAACAACAACAGAAAGAAGUGUGUGGACGUCAAACACUAGUGGCCUCUGAGCGGCCCUGGUUUCUGUAGCAAACCCUUGCCCUCUCUGUUUGGUCGUUGUGACGUCUGUACGUGUGUUGCUUUUUUCGCUUCUUUUUUUGUAAACUUUUGUCACUUUUUCGGUGGAACUGCAACUCACCAUUUUGUCGUACAAAUAUAUAAACGAUAAUUGCUUUAUAUUAGCAAAGCGUUGUGGAUGUUCAACUGUGUGUUACAAUGACAAAAAAGUGUGGGGGAAACAAACAACAACAAAAAAAAAACUCAUAGAGUUUACAAAUCAAAAAGAACAAAAAAAAAUCUGUCUUUUUUUUGUCAUUUUAGUGCUUCCUUAUUUCAUCUAUGCACUCAAACGAGGUAGCGCUUGUGGUUUUCUUGCCUCUCCCCUCCUUCUAUGGUUGGGUUCUUGCUGCUGGCUGCCACAUAUAACAAGCAAUGGAGCCCGAAGACCUAACCAACUUUACUGUACCACUACUGUACAACUGCACCAUUCACAUUUACUCAGCACAUCCAUAAUGCUUUCAGUGUGUCAGGUUCUAGGUAUGCAAUCAGUGCGCUUGGAUGCAUAGUGUCCUUUUUAGAAUGAAGAAAAAAAACAAUGACCAUUAACGUUAAAAAAAGACUCUCAAAGGAAAAUUUGGACUCACAGUAGAAUGUAUCCCUCAAGGAUAUGAAUAUUGAUCAGUAUCAGCUAGUUACACAUCCCAUCAACUCAAUAGCCAUUGGACUACAGAUGAGUGUCUACGGGUAGAGAGAAGGGCCAUGGAAAUCCGGGAGGAAGUUAUUACUAAAGCUCAAUCUCCCGAGAGGUACCAGUGUAUCUCUAUGUUGUUUACAUCUCCCUCUCUCACAUGCUCUCUCUAUACUCAGUUUUUCUACUCUCUCCUAUCUAAUAGGGGAAGGUCUUCGGGUUUUUCUAGCUCUUGCCUCGUACUUUAAACUCUUAAUCGUUCUCUGUCUGUGUUUGGAGUGUAAAAGUAUACCCACGUAUAUCUGAUUGUGCCGUCUCUGUGUUUCCUCGGGUCCCGGGAUGGGCUUGGCCCCAAGUUUCAUGAACCUGGGAGACAGUCACUCUCUGCUUUGUAUUUGUUUUUUUAAAUAUGGGGGGUUUGAUUCUAUCCUGUAGAUCCUGUAUAGUGGAGCCAUGUGCUUUUAAGUGUGUGCGUGUGUGUGUGUGUGUUUCUUAUGCAUGAUCCCUGCCUCACCUAUUUUAACCAAUCACCUCCUCAGUAACACACCAGGAAACUGAAUGUUUACAUCAUUUGAAUCCUUCUUUGACUUUAAUCGAGCGCACACUAAGUACAACACGCCUUAUUCAGCGUUAAGGCUACUCUAUCAGGAUGUGCCUUUUUGGCCGACCCUAGAUAUUCGUUCGUACACACUCUUUUCGUAGAACCUACACCGUUUUAAAAUAAAAACCUGAAUGAGUUUUUUGUUCUUAGUACAUAUACUACUGAAGGAGGAUGUGCUGUUUACAUGACUAUAUAUAGAUCUAUAUAUACAUGGGUAUAUAAUCUGUACAUAGCCCUGUGUCUAAUGUAAACAUGACUUGUAUGGUUGUGUGUUGUACAGCGAUGUGUUCACAUGUGUGUUCAAAAACUGGGGUGUCAGGUUGCCUGCUAGGGCAAAGGUGUAUUAAUGGUGCAAGCACGUGAUGAGGAUUUAAGUUGAGCAAUACAGGGAAGCACGAAAAGGGACGUGGCUUCAAAAGUCAGACUCUGUUGUAAAAAAGUAUCCCUUUAGAAGAUGAUAAUGAGCUAUUUUCUGUUCUUGCUUAUUUUUAAUUAUUGUAUUUAAAAAAAAAAAACAGAUUUAAGAUGCAAUACAUGUUAUCAGAGACAGUCUUUCUCCUAAAUGAAAGGAUUUAUUCUGAAAAUUACUUGGCAGUCUUUGAGAUGAGAUCCUGUUCUGUAUGUCGCAGUGAAAUACUGAUUGAGAACUGGACUGUAGUAUCACUAACAGCUUCUCAUUUUACUAAUCUGCAAGAUGUAGAUUAGUACCCUUGACUUUGGGUGCCGUGUGUAAUAUUGCCACCAAAAAUCCCUCUCACACAGUGGUGAACUUGUACGAUUUGGAUUUCUGACUGUGUGUGUGUGUGCGUGAGUGUGUGCGAGUGUAUGUCAUCGGACUGCUGGAGUGGGGGAUUGUUGGUCAGUACUGAGACACUCUAAUGGGUCAAAUGAAGGUCUUGCAGACAGUCUCGUCAGGAGAGCCUUAAACCAACGGUCGGGGAAACAGCUAUUAAGCUUUUAUUAAUAUCUACUGUCCUUUUAAAAGUCCAAUCUGUUUUCUUAAGUGAACUUUUUCAAUACAGCCAUACAAAAAGUUAUAUAGAGUACAUAUAUAUGAAUCUAUAUGUAUUUGUGUUGGUGUAGAUAAAUAUAUAUAUAAAUAUAUAUAGAAGAUAUAAUUUCUUAUAGAAUUUUGACCAUUUAUUCAGCUUUUGAAAGCACUUCAAUACAUUUUAACAUAUGGUGUCAAUCUAGAAUAUACAGACUGAGAUAAUCAAAAUAAAAAGAAAAAAAAACUCCCAAAGGGAACCCUCUUUAAAUGCAAUACAUCUCCAUUUUAGCAAUCACUAUUUGACCAAAAAGUAUACUUAAUGUAUGUACAGGAAAAGUGCAGUACCACAUUGAAUCUGUCUCAUGAGUGAAUGUCAUGACCGGCUUUCUUGGCCCUUGUGUGUAUGAGAGCAUCUGUGUUGUCAUUGCUACAAUGAGAAGUGUAAGGAAAGAGACAAAUCUUCUCACUUUAUAACAAUGUCACAUCCUUGGUCAGAAAAUAUCGCAAUAUUGGAAAAUAUUUGUCAACUAAAUCACGAUUGUUUUAUCAAAACAAAUAUUUAUAUACGCUACAUCAUGAUCAUAAAUAUCAAAAUUCAGUCCCGUUUUGUGUUUAUUUUGUGCCGAAGCGUCAGAGAACAAGGCGUCUGAUGUCUUUGUGAAUCCAUGAAGCCAGUGAUGGAUGUAGUCUUGCUGCUUCAGUAUCGUGUGUUUGGUGGAAACAAAAUCAGCAUCAAAGGGCAUACAUUGAUUUCUUUCUUGUUUCAUUUCUAUCGAUAUUUUUUUUUUCCUUUACAUCUAAUGACUAUCAAACUCACUAUGAUUUUCCUUUUUUUAAUGUAGUUUUUUGGAAUAUGGUAAAUACUUCUAGUAAGAUUUUCUAUUUUUACAUAUAUUGUUUUAUUUUUAGGUUUUUUUUUUCUUUUGGGUUUUUAAAUUUUAUUUAUAUGUCACUUAGCUUGAAUGUCUUUUAAUGGUGUUUUUUUCCCUUUAUAUUGUGUGAUUUCAUAUGUCUUGAGAAUGGAGACAAAUGCAUUUCAGUAUUUUUGAAUUGUUGAAAUCUAGUUUCACAGAUUAUCUAUAUGGUGGAAAUUAUCUGAUGUUAUAAAUUAUAUUUUAAUUCAUGUAAAUAGUUGGGGAAAAAAAGAUGAUGGCUUCCUUUUAAACUGAAUACAUUUCUCUUCUGAGAUUGUUUACAUUAUUAAACUAUAGAAACUGAUCCUCAUAUACUGUAAAAAAAAAAAAAAAAAAAAAACAACAACAACAAACAAACAAACAAACAAACAAAAAAACAACUGAUAUAUAUUCAUUGAUUUGGCUCCAGACAAUAAAAAACGUCCUAAUGAACACUGACAGUGUGUGUUGUCUGUUAAUGCAUGUGGUACAGUGUUUUAUCAUUUAUUUGUUAUACUCCACUUCAAAAUAAGUUUGACAAGGAUUAAUGUGUUAUGGGCUGAUUUACCCUCCACAUAAAGCACUGUUAGCACUAUGAAAUUAUUCCUGGAAUGAGCAGUGCAGGCUGGACUGGAGUUCGAGAGGGGAGGGUGCUGAAUCCCUGUUAUAGCUGAGCUAUACACUGUGUAAGCAGCAGAUGCAUGAUUGGCUACUGAAAAUUCUGUAACCAGGCAAAGUCUCAUGGGAAGGAAAAAGAGAAGACCCUUUACGUUAAUGCAGUAUCCCGAUGAUGAUGCUGGUGGUAGUUUACUGCUGCAUUGCCUUGUGUGAUUCUGCUUUCUGCAUAAGCUCUGUGUGUGUGUGUGUGUGUGUGUGUGUGUGUGUGUGUGUGUGUGUGAAUGCACGUAAAGAUCUUGAAAGCACAGGGUUUAGAACACACACCUGCAGCUGUUCAAUCCCAGGACAGUACACCAUUACGUCACGCAAUGCUGACGUACCCAUC